GCAUACACCUUUCCAACAAGAGAAAACAAAGCUUUAUUUCAUACCUUAUUUAAACCCCAAAUAUCCCACAAAGAUUUCUCUUGUAUUCAUCAAAAAUAUCAAACAUGAGGUGGACCAGAGGCCAUGUUCUUGGCCGGGGGUCCUCUGCCACCGUCUCCACCGCCACCUCCACCGCCACAAGAGAGGUUUUUGCAGUCAAAUCCGUUGUUUUAUCACAGUCGGAGACCUUGCAAAGAGAACAAAAGUUUCUUUCCCUUUUGAGUAGUCCUUAUGUGGUAAGCUACAAAGGGUACGACAUUAGUAGAGAAGAAAACAAGAUAAUGUACAACUUACUAAUGGAGUACAUGCCAGGAGGUACUGUUAUCGAUGCAAUAAAAGUACAGAAUUGUGAUCGUUUGAAUGAAUUAGAGAUAUCGAACUACACAAGACAAAUUAUUCAAGGUUUGGAGUACCUUCAUUCGAAUGGAGUAGUGCAUUGUGAUAUCAAGGGUGCGAAUUUGUUGGUCGAUGAAAAUGGUGUCAAAAUUGCGGACUUUGGUUGCGCGAAGUGGGCUAGUGAAGGUGUGGCAGUUUGUGGGACGCCGGUGUUCAUGGCACCUGAAGUGGCGCGAGGAGAAGAACAGGGGUUUGCAGCCGAUAUAUGGGCUGUUGGAUGUGUCGUGAUUGAAAUGGCCACCGGUGGUUUACCAUGGUCGAAUGUUAGCGACCCUGUUUCAGUUCUUUACAAAAUUGGAUUUUCCGGUGAAUCGCCGGAGAUCCCAGAUGUUUUUUCAUAUCAAGCGAAGGAUUUUAUCAGCAAAUGUUUGAUACAGGAUUCGAAGGAGAGGUGGGGGGCGACGGAGCUUCUCAAACACCCGUUUCUCGAACAAUUCAAGCGUCACACAAAGGAAAUUACGGAUCGCGAUUUGCGAACAGGUUCACCAACCAGUAUACUAGAUCGAGACGUCUGGAAUUCAAUGGAGGAAUCGGCAUUAGUAGGAAGUGAUUUUAUCCGGCAAUCGUGUUCGUCGUACUCUUUGCGGCAAAGGAUCGAACAGUUGGCGGGGAACUCAGAAAAGGUAAAGUGGACAUGGAAGGUGGAGGAGGAGAUUGAUUGGAUGACAAUCAGAAGCAACGAAAGUAGUGGGCGGUGGCGGCGAUGAUACGGUAGUUGAUUGCACCAUGAAUGGUAGUGAGGUGUUCAAAUAAUCAUUGGCUUAGAAGUAUUGUAGAAGAAGUAGGCAGAAGAUAGUGUGGCUUGAUCCAUUUUAGAGAAUAUGAUUUGGAGUUUUAUGUUUGUGGUUUGAUAAUAUAACUUUUACUUUUUGUGAUAA